UCAUGGGUGAAACAGGACCUCCCCUGCAGGUGUAAAUCACUCAUCACAGAUUAUCUCUGUGCACAGUUAGUAUUUCAUCUUUUAUUCCCAUACCGAUACAACUUCUAAUAUCCUGAGAGGAUAACGAUCCACACUGCAGCGGCUCCUUGUUUUCCGAGUCUUCAUUAGGCGGCUUGAGAAACGAUUUAUCAUUGUUUAUCAAAUUAGCAAAGGGGGGGUCGACUGGGAGGGAAGGGACGGGGAGAGAGCAGGGGAAAAAAGCCUCUCAAGUUCCCCGGCUGCGCGCGGCGCUCAUUGGCCUUUCGGAGCUCGCUCGUACCAAGCGACGGUGAGCGCAGGAGUCGUCAUCCCGCCUCCUCUGGACCCGUAGCGGGACUGCUAUUGGCCGCCGCGGCUCGCCCCGUCCACGCAGGUUAGGUUGCUCCGCAGCGUUAAGAUGUUCAAUUGAUGGGCGUACCGAGGAGGCUUGUGCGGCGAGAGGGAAGAAACCCGUACGCGUUUCUCGUCGGAGCCAACAAACAAACAAACAAAACAACAACAACAAGCAAAAAAGACACGUCCUCCCCGGGUUGGAUCGCAGCUCGCCGCCGGUUCCUCCGCGACGCGUCUCCCGGAGCCCCGCUGCAGCUUUCCCCUCCCAGUGCGCGGUGACGAGCGGGUUUUGUGGACGAUGCUAGUGCGGCGUUCUAACGGAGGAACGAGGCUCCCGAUAGAAUAACAACAACACACGGCUGCACGGUGUCGGUGUUUGCGUGUUUCUCGGCCGGAUGUGCUCUUCUUUGUUUGUGAUCUCCCCCCGCGGGGGACUCGGACACUCCGGGUGGAAAUAAAUGCACCUGCCGCGCCGGCGAGGACCAGAACCGGAGCACAUGGAAGGAUCCGCUCCGCCGGACCUCGCGUGGUGAAGGGGCAUCCUCGAGUUGAUUUCUCCUCCUCCGCCACGGAGCUCACACAGUUUCUCAUCUAACGUUUUUUGUUGUUGUUGCAUUUAAGAUGUUCCCUCGUCUCUAGGCUUCGAGCCCGCCCGAGUGUCGGGAGGAUGACAGCUGAUCGCCCCUCCUCUCCGGGGACUCAAAUAUAAACGCGCUCCAUCUGAGCUCCGCCGCCCGGAGUCUCAGUUUCAGCGGGUUUAACAAUAGCCGGAGCCUCCGGGGGCUGUGACAUUUGGUCGAUUAACACCUCAGCCUUCCCCUGAUCGGCUUACUCGCCCUUCGGUUCCUCGGGCUGCUGCUGCUCCUGCUGCCGCUGGAGCUGGAGCUGGAGCCCGGGUCAUAUUUCUCCUGAAGGGCCCUUUUUUAAUUUCAUUUCAAAGGGGGGGGGGAAGAUUCAAUCAACUGUGCAGGAGCAUCUCUGCAGGAAGUGUCCGAUCCCCUCUCCUCCUUCUCCUCCUCCUCCUCCUCUUCCACCACAUGGAAACUUUGAUUACUCCUCUCUGACACUUCGCCCCGUGGCUGCUGCUUCCCUGGCCGGGGGAUGAUCCUUGGAAGUGGCCCGAUAAAAUAAUCAGCGUCGCGGUGUCAGCGGAGGCUUGAGCCACAGGGGAUUUGUGUCAGAUUAUCGCCGGACUGCUAUUUUGUUCCCCGGGUCACACUCCACUGAACUUAGCGGCUUCUGGUCUGCAGCCUUUUCCCUGCUGCUGCUGCCUGGAAACUACUGCGAGGUGGGUGGGUUGGAGGUGGGGGGAGAAGGAAGCCUUUACAACCCUCGUCAUUCAUGGGGCAAAGGUGGGAGAAACGAGUUGCACCCAUGAGCGAUGAUUGCCACCGAGGUGUCAGGACUCACGUCUGAGGACACGCCGGGGAGUUGCUGCUGCCUUCGCGCCGCGGAUCAGGGAGGAACGAGCCGCGCGUAAAGUUCCCCGGUUUUUACGCACGCUGCCUGGAAUGCUGUCGCUGUGACCGAGCGGGGGGUUGGGAGUCCUGUCGAGCACAGCCACAAACAAAACACACACUCACUCGCGCGCGCACACACACACAGACACACAGCAGCGCCGGAGCGACUGCACCUUCCGGACCCGUUUUCGACUCUCCACCGGGCGGCCACCGGAGGAUGUUUGAGCCAGGAUGCUGCGCUUCCCCGUGAAGAAGAUCCGGAAGCAGUUCAAGCUCCUGCUGCUGCUGGUUCUGCUCACCUCGGCCGUGUGGUUCACCUACCUGCACAUCAACCAGGGCAAGACCAUCAAACUCCACUUCAACUACGGAAAAGAUGGAGAGAGACAGACGGAGGGGACGGACGCCAGCCGCAAGAGGGACACUCGCUCCUCAGCUGGCCACCACAAGAGUGAGGACACCAGCGACAGCCGGGAGGACGAGGCGGCAGACGAUGAGCCAAUCACAGGAGGGGCUGAUGGAAGAGGCCACACCCGAAUCCGGAAGUUCCUCAGCCAGAGGCACAAGAAAAUGCCAUGGAAACCAGAGUUUAAGGGCCAGGCUAACCUGCACGUGUUCGAGGACUGGUGUGGAUCCUCCAUAGCUCAACUUCGAAAGAACCUGCACUUCCCCCUCUACCCUCAUACCCGAAUCACAGUGAAGAAGCUGGCGGUGGCUCCUAGGUGGAAGAACUACGGCCUGAGAAUAUUUGGCUUCCUUCACCCUUACAGAGACGGAGAUUUCCAGUUCUCUGUAUCGUCGGAUGAUAACUCGGAGCUGUGGCUGAGUCCUGAUGAGAGCCCUCUCAAUGCCAGACUGCUGGUCUAUGUCGGGCAGCUGGGAACAGAGUGGACCGCUCCGGGCGAGUUCAGCAAGUUCAGGUCCCAGUCCUCCAAGUCCGUGCAUGGCGUCCGUUCCUCCCUGGUCUGAAGUAUGAAGUGAUAGACUCGGCCUACAUUUCCCUGUACACAGACGAGUCCAUUCUAAAGAUGAACAGCGUGGACCACAUCCCCCAGACCUUGGCCAGUCACAUCCGUCUCCCGGAGGAGUCUCAGCCCCGGGGUCUGGAGGAAGGCAGAGCCACGCAGCACGGGGCAGAUAUGCUGAAGCCGGACCCUAGGGACACCUUCUACAGCAUUCCGAUGAUCAACCCCUCCCGCCUGGAGAACGUCCUGCCGGCCUGCCUCUACUCCCCAACCUACGUGGUCAAAGAUUUCCCCAUCGCCAGAUACCAGGGCCUGCAGUUUGUUUAUCUGUCCUUCGUCUACCCCAAUGACUUCACACGUCUCACGCACAUGGAGCGGGAGAACAAGUGUUUCUACAGGGAGUCUCCUAUCUACCUAGAGAAGUUUGGUUUCUACAAAUAUAUGAAGAUGGAUGAGGAGGAUGACGACAGACCGUUCUUCUUCCCCAACCCAGAUGAUUUCCUGGAGGAAGAGGAGGUGGUAGAAGUGGAGGACGAGGCAGAGAUCGUCGGCACGCAGUCGUCCAAGAAGCCGUCUCAUCCCAGCCAGACCAGUCACACCUCCAAGCCCUCCCAUCAGCACCCGAAGCCCGGGCCCACACCAGCGAGCAGACAAGUCGAGGAGGAGGAGGAGGAGGAGGAGGUGGACCCCGAUGAAGAGGAGGAGGGAGCUGUCAACACCAUCAUACGCCGCAGAGAGAGGAGACAUUUUCUUCAGAAGGACGGACAGGUGGGGAGGGAUCUGGACAGAGACUGGGGACGGGAUCAUACGAGAGAAAACAUUCCACCGGGCUCCAGUAAGAGACUCGACCAGGCCCAGCCCGGGGCCCUGGAGCCCGAUAUGGACAGUGUGGUCCAGAGUCGCACCCUGUCCUGGGUCCGAACUGGUCCUGUGGAGCAGGGGCCUGGCGGGAAAGGAGGAGGAACAGGUGGUGGAGUAGCUGGAGGAGAGAAAGGAGCGGAGACUCCGCCUAAACUCAGCAAGUCUUCGCUCCUUUUCCCCCAGAAGUCCUCCCUCUCUGCGCUCGCCAGCCGAGCCAAGCAGAUCAUCAGCAACUCCGCCCACAGCAGCAAGCCGGGUGACAACAAGCUGCCGGGAAGCAAGAAGGAGGAGAACAAGAUCUACAUCACGAGGCCCCGCCCCGCCAAGGAGAGGGAAAGAGAGAGGGAGAGGGAGCAGCGGCGCGAGAGGAGGGAGGAGCGGACGUACCACCACCCGAGGGAGGUGUUCCCUGGAGUCUUCUUGUACCAAACUGGGAAGACCACGAGGCUGGUCAACCUGGGCGCCAGAGGCCAGACGGGAAAGAACCUUGUUAGUGCCCCACAGCUGUGGCCCCACCCCCCAACGAAAGAGGGGAAGACCCCCCCUCGCAAUGGAAGCAUCAACAUACAGAUCGACAGUGUACAGAAGUCCAUCCGGAGGGCAGCUGUGGCAAAUCAACCGGGAAAAAUCCGGAGAAAAGUGGAGCGUCAGGACUUAAAGACGACCGCCACGGCUCAUCUUCCCAGCAAAGACGACCCACUAAACCCAGUCUACCAUCACCGAGAUCCCCCUCCAGUUCCACUGCAGAGGUUAAACUCCACAGAGGACACACUCCAGGGUCAACAGAGGGUCACGUCUUACCUCCGGCUCUCCGAGAUCACAGAGUCCCGGCAGCAGCCAGACCCGGACCCCAACCCGGCCGACCUGGAGCAGGACAUCAACCGCUCCAAUCCCGAGCCCGACCCGGAGCCCGAGCCGGAGGAGGGCGAGAUGUCGGACUACAGCUACGAGGAGGUGGAGGCCCGGCCGGGCUGGGCGGAGGAGAGCAUCAACUGGCAGAGGACCUUCUCCGUCAACCCGAUGGACUUUGAGCUGCUGCGCUCCGACUGGAACGACCUGCGCUGCAACGUGUCCGGCAACCUGCAGCUGGCGGAGAGCGAGGUGGUGGACGUGCUGGCCCAGUACAUGGAGAAACUCAACGAGCGCAACGGAGGGAUCUACACGCUGCUGCGGAUCAUCAACGUGGAGAAGCGGCGCGACUCGGCGAGGGGGAACCGUUACCUGGUGGAGCUGGAGCUGAUGGAGAGGGGCCGCAGCGUGGUGCGCCUGUCGGAAUACAUCUACCUGCUGCUCCACCGCGGCAGGCAAGGGGAGGAGAGCUUCGAGAACACCGACUCUGCCCCGGCCUCGGCGCCGGCCUCGGCCCCCUCCCCUGCCACGCCCGGCCUCACAACGCCGCCGCCGCCGCCGCCCCUUCCCUCCACCAAGCCCCCCGCCCGGCCCGGGGCGACCCCGUGGAGCACGGCCUUCGCCAAGCCCCUGCUCUGCCAGCCCGUCAUGCUGCAGUGGAGGAGGGACGUCAUGGUGCACUUUGUGGUGCCAGUGAAGAACCAGGCCCGGUGGGUGCAGCAGUUCAUCUCCGACAUGGAGAAUCUUCACCGUCAGACCAAGGACGACAACUUCAGCAUCAUCAUCGUGGACUUUGAGAGUGAGGACAUGGACGUGGAGCAGGCCCUCCGAGAGAGCAGCGUGCCAAGAUACGAGUAUCUUCGGCGGGAGGGGAACUUCGAGCGCUCGGCAGGACUGCAGAUCGGAGUGGACACCAUCGAGGACAGUCACAGCAUCGUGUUCCUGUGUGACCUGCACAUCCACUUCCCUCUCAACAUCCUGGAAAGCAUCCGGAAGCACUGUGUGGAGGGACGCCUCGCGUUUGCUCCCAUCGUCAUGAGGCUCGGCUGCGGCAGCUCGCCACGGGAGCCUGAUGGUUACUGGGAGGUUAAUGGCUUUGGCCUGUUUGGAAUCUACAAGUCCGACUUUGAUAAGAUUGGAGGGAUGAACACGGAGGAGUUCAAAGACCGCUGGGGGGGAGAGGACUGGGAGCUGCUGGACAGGGUGCUGCAGAACGGCCUGGAGGUGGAGCGGCUGCGCUUGAGGAACUUCUUUCACUACUACCACUCCAAACGAGGCAUGUGGAACGCCCAAAACAAGAAAACUCCCAAGGGAUAGCGCUCCCUGCAGGUCGGACGAUCCUACACAACCCACACUGCAGAGCCACUGUGUGUGUGUGUGUGAGGGAGGGGGGAGGGGGGGGGCCCACGGUAGCUCGCUCACUGCCUGAACUCUGCCUUCUUUUGAAACCCGGGGCUCCUCUCGCCGUCGGCCUCUCUCUGUACGAGGAAGCCGAGUUCAAGCCCCAACUUUGGAAACGAGCUGUUUAUGCAGAAACCCGAGUCAGCACUUUGCCUCACUGACUGAACUACUGCACAGAGAGAUGAGAGUUAUUUUGAAUCUUCCUCUCUCUGCCCUUUUUUUGGUGCAAUGUUUUCAGACGGACUGUGGAAAGCAGCUGUUUUUGUGUGUGAAUGCGUGUGUGCGUGUGUGUGUGUGUGUGUUGCCGCUUGUGUGCGCUCAUGAUGACAGGAAGCACCUUUUUUCUAACGAGGAGAUGUGAAGACAACCUAAGAUCUUUCUUUUCUAACACGCCCUCACGCGGGCGACCAAUCAGAAUGUGUAUCGACAUGUUGUCCCGAUGGAUUCAGACACGGUGCCGCAGAUCGAGUGGAGGAACUCUGGCUGCGACUGUAUUUCUAAAUACGUCAGCUACUACCUGUUGAAUAUCGUUAAGCAGUGGGACCGAGGUGCUGACGUUUUCCUGGUGUCUGAUUUUAUCACACAAACAAGGUUUUUUCUAAUUCGAAAAAAAAGGCCCUUUUCUCCGAACAGAUGCUGACAGAUGUUCCAUCUUUGUGUCUCUGUCUGUCCCUCUCUCUCUCUCUCUCUCUCUCUCCUCUUCAGUGUCUUCUGUCUUUGACUCAUUUUGCUUAUCUGUGUCCUUUUGUCUGCUGAAGUAUUUACGUUUAGCCCUGCUGCUGUUGCGUAACAUCAGUGUUAGGUACCUCAACCAGAUUAAUAGCUACCGGUUAUGACUUGAUUAAUUUGGUUAUUCACUGAUUUUUGUUCUGCUGUUAGAUAUUUAAAAAAAGGGGGGGGGGUUCAUUUGUAUGGAUGCUGUAACAUUGGUGCUGCUGUUUCCAUUCUAAAACGCAGCGAAUGGAUUUCUCAGAAGUCUAUUGAGGUGUCCUCCAUUCCCUCCACACCUCUCACCUCAUCGUCAACUGGAACAGGAGGGCAGAGGAAGCUUCCUGACUUUGGAUUUAAAGUUGUCUUUCUCUUGGUAUGAAGCAGUUUCUGUGUGUUGCAUUUCAAAUACUGGAUCUGAGGGGGAUUUAAAACUUUCUCUCAUAUGAGAAUAUUCACGAGAAAGGGAAUGCUUAGCUGUUGAAAAACACCAACACUCCUCAUUUAAGCUUGUGGGAGAGCAGCUCAUGCGUUGGACGCGAUGUGCCAUGGCUGUUUCUCAAAUGUGUGCCUUUAUCAGGGUUUGGCUGCCGGCCGUGUUUUUUUUGAAUGACAUUAGAGGGCAGGGACAGACGGAAAUUUAAUGUUAUUUAUGUCACUGUACAUUUAAGAUACUCUGUAAAACAAGGAAAUGUGGUUUUCUUACAUGGAUUACAGAUGUGUCCGUCUUUAUGUUAUAAUAUUAACCUUAGCAGAAAGAAGGAGUGGUCGUUUCAAGUCCUCAUUGGUGAGAUAGACAUAGUUGGUGUUGAUGACUACUUGAGGGAGCAGGAGGUGUGAUGGAGACCAGGUGGCAGCUGCUGUCCAGCAGGACAUCUCCUGCUCCCAUUAGUUUGGCUGAAGGCCGAGCUCCCAAUGCCUCUGUUUAUACAACACGGUACUUACAUUGACGGGGAAUGGCUGGAGGGAUCGAGGUUCGACAAAUACACGGACGAGAGCCAGUGAUCCUUUAUUGACGACCUGAUUGUCCAAGACGCCCUCCAAGACCCUCUCCUCGCCUCGACAGGAAAUCGGUCUCUACUGUACGUCAUUGACAUGGGAUUAUUUAAAGAACAGAAGACACACAGUAAAUAUAAGACUAUAUAUAUGAGAAACAUUAAAAAUGAAAAAUAGGAAUAUACAUUCCAAGGUAAUUUCUGUGAAAUUGUUUUGUAGAGAAAGAGGUUAUAAGAAUGUAUUGUACUUUUAUUUUGAUUUGUCGUUUUUUUUGCAAAUAAAGUUUUAUGCUUAC